CUCUGUUGAAACCUUUCAGUUUCAGGUUUAGCUAGAGCUAAAGAAGAUUGAUCAUGAGGCCCCUCGGCAUAUUCUUGCUGUUCUCCAUGGCUCUGUGCUGCUUCAUGGAUACUGUUCAAGUUAAUAAAGUACCCCGAGAGGCUAAUUGUGAUUUUGCUAGUGGAUGCAAUUAUGACCCUGUCUGUGGCACUGAUGAUACUACCUAUGCCAAUGAAUGUCUUCUGUGUAUCGUAAAUAAGGGAAGAGAAGUUGACGUCCUCGUCAGAAAAUCUGGGAAGUGCUAAGAAACAAAAAUAUCUUGGAGGCCCCAGUAGGGUGGUACCAUGGCUAGCCAGCCUGAGUUAUUAAUAAAUACAUGAGAUUGACUGCUGCUCUUCAUGUGAUUUCUUAUGAAAAAUAUGUUGGAAAAAAGAUAAUAGAGCAUUGUGGCUUGAGUACUGAGCUCUGGAUCAGUUCAAGUCCUUUUCCUGCCCCCAACUGCUCAUGUGACACAUUAUCUGACAGUCCUCUGGGAAACUCCCUAAGAUUAUAAAUUUUAGAGACAAAGUGACAUGACUUGCCCAGAAUCAUACAGACAAUUAGUGAUACUCAGAAUUAGAAUACACCUUUUUUGGCUGCCUGUCCAUAGCUCCUUAUAUUACAUAACAAUGUCUUUCUUUAAAAAAAAUUAAACUUACUUUUUGUUUUAAUAAGAACUCUAACACUGGAGGACAAGAGCUGGGCAAACAGGGCUAAAUGACUUUCCCAGUUAGGAGUUUCUGAGGCCACUUUAAACCAAGGUUUCCCAGUUCCAGGGUUGGCACUCAUUCUGUAUUGUCUGUCUCUCUCUUUUUUAUUUUUCACACCCAUAUCUUCCAUCUUAAAAACAAUACUGCAUAUUGGUUCCAUGGUAAAAGAGUGGUAAGGGUGAGCAAUGGAGGUUAAGUGACUUGUGCAGGGUCACUGAGCUAGGAAGUGUCUGAGGUCAGAUUUGAACCCAAGACCUCCUAUUUCUAGGCCUGGCUCUUAAUCUGCCAAGACAAUCCACCUGACUUGUUUUUCAAAGUCAUGACCUACAGAAGGGUGAGCUCACGGGCUCUCACGGGCUCUACUUUAGAAUUGGAAGGAACCUCAUAUAUCAAAACCUUCAUUUUACAUAAAUGGAAAAUCAGAGAGAUUCAGUCAUUUGCCAGAGAUCACACAGCAAGUAUACAGUGAUAAGAUUCAAACUGGUAAUCUGUCUCUGAAUAUUAAUUUUCAUAUGUAACACAGUGUAACACUAUGAUGAGAGUCAACUUGUGAUUUUACCACCCUGGCUUAAAUAAAAGUUGCCCUUCAUGAAUAAAAGAAAUACUCAUUAGAGGAAAUAUGGGAUAGAAUGGAGAAAACAUCAACAAGAUUCUUCACAUGGGC